CUCAAUCAUCCCUUUGUUCAUCCUCUGUCCUAGCCUCUGCCCUUCUAUCCUCGGGAGCUCUGUAGCAAUGGGCGUUGAGGAAACCAAGAAAGGCCUCGACGUCGAGGCCACCUCUGCCGCUCCGCCUCCGUACGUGCAGGAUGGCCAUAUCCUGAGCUACGAAGAGGAGGACUUCUGGACUCGAAAUGGUCUGAAUUUCAAGUCCUUCCAGCGGCGCCCUGCCCACGUUGUCGAGCUCAACCGGUCCAUGAAAACGCGCCAUAUGCAUAUGAUUGCCAUUGGCGGUUCUAUUGGUAUGCUCUAUGCUUGAGGCCCCAAAGCCGCUCUAACGGUCGCAGGUGCUGGUUUUUUCGUCGGCUCUGGUGGUGCGCUCAGUACGGGAGGGCCUGCUUCCUUGCUCCUGGAUUUCUCGAUCAUCGGUAUUAUGAUUUUCAACGUUGUCUACGCUCUUGGUGAACUUGCUGUGAUGUACCCCAUUUCCGGUGGUUUCUACACUUACUCGACCCGCUUCAUCGAUCCUUCCUGGGGCUUUGCCAUGGGCUGGAAUUACGUCUUUCAAUGGGCCAUCAUCGUCCCGCUGGAACUGACGGUUGCCGGUCUCACUAUUGACUAUUGGCAAGUCGAUGUUAGCGUCGCCGUCUGGAUCACAGUCUUUUUAAUCGCUAUCAUCAUCGUCAACAUUUUUGGUGCGCUCGGAUAUGCCGAAGAAGAGUUCUUGUCUUCGUGCCUUAAACUCGGCGCCAUUAUCGUCUUCAUGAUCAUCGCUUUGGUCCUGGUUUGCGGUGGUGGCCCGUCGGAUGGUAUGUACAAUGAAUACUGGGGUGCACGACUCUGGUACGAUCCCGGCGCCUUCCGCAACGGCUUCAAGGGCUUCUGCUCUGUCUUCGUCACUGCGGCCUUCUCUUUCAGCGGAACGGAACUGGUCGGUCUGGCCGCCGCCGAGUCGAAGACUCCCACCAAAUCCCUGCCGGGCGCCAUCAAGCAAGUCUUCUGGCGUAUCACCCUCUUCUACAUUGUUGGUCUCUUCUUUGUCGGCCUCCUGGUGCGCUCUGAUAACGAACGCCUCCUCGGCAGCGGUCUUAUCGACACCAAGGCUUCGCCCUUUGUCAUUCUGGCUUACGAUGCAGGCUUGAAGGGAUACGAUCACUUCAUGAACGUCAUUAUUUUAAUAUCCGUCCUAUCCAUCGGUGUCUCCGGUGUUUACGGCUCUUCCCGUACCCUUACCGCGCUCGCCGAGCAGGGCUACGCUCCCAAGUUUUUCGCCUAUGUUGAUCGCUCCGGCCGCCCUCUCUGGUCCGUGCUGAUUACCAUCCUGUUCGGUGUUCUUGGAUACGUCAACGUCAGCUCGUCUGGUGAGGAAGUUUUUGCCUGGCUUCAGGCUUUGUCCGGUCUAGCCGCUCUCUUCACCUGGGGUUCCAUCUGCUUGGCACACAUCCGUUUCCGCAGAGCGUGGGCUUACAAUGGCCGCUCUCUCGACGAGAUCCCUUUCAAGGCCGUCGGUGGUAUCUACGGCUCUUACCUUGGUCUAUUCCUCAUUUUUAUCGUCUUGGUCGCUCAGUUCUUCGUUGCUGUCGCUCCCCCCGGCGGCGGCCCUGACGGUGGCACCUACAACGACGCCAAAGGUUUCUUCAAAAGCUAUCUCGCCCUUCCCGUGGUGCUCUUCUUCUGGAUAUGCGGUUACCUUUGGAAGCGUCAGGGUUGGCUCCGCACAUCACAGAUCGACAUUGACAGCGGACGCCGCGAGGUCGACUGGGACUCCAUUAACGCCGAGCGUGCGCGCGUUGCCGCCAUGCCAGCUUGGAAACGCCUCCUGAACAUCAUCAUCUAG